AUGUCGACCCCCGGACCAAGAUGCCUGGCAUCAAAACGACCAUCAUCGAGACCUCGGAGGCAGUAUCAGCUCUUCUCAAAUACUUACAUCAACUAUGACUUAACCACGGCCCAUGUACAUAUCCCUGGAAGGCCCCAUCUCCAUCGUGGCACUUUUUGUCCACCACCACCACAUCCCCAGGCCCAUCUAUCUCAUCGUUGCUCGCACUCUCGACUCCCACGCUUUCAACCCCCGCGGCCGGCAAGACGCACCUUAAAAGAUAGCCUCGAGUCGCCCAGAAUCCCAACAGUCUUCGUAGACGUCCGGAAAGACUCCAACGCUCUUUAUUGCCACUUUGGCAUCACACUCCAGGGCAUCGAACACGUCCAAGCCGUUGAAGUAGCCUGGCGGGCUUUCGCCACCUCACGCAAGUAUCUCGGUGGACUUGGCAAGUUCAUCCAGUAUGACGUCCUUCUCAGUCGAAAUGAGAAGCUAAAGCGGAGUCUCGCCAAGGAGGAAGUGGAAAGAAUUUGGGAUCCACAAAAGGGCGGUUCGCCCGAUAUGUUCAACGCUCGCACAUUGACGGAUAUAACCCCAUUAAAGAUCCCACCGGAGUGA